AUGGCAUCCUCAGAGGUCGACACAAAGUUCCUUGGCCAAUUUGCCAAAAACAUUCAAUUGGACCACCCACUGCUGGCUCAAAAUCUGUUUCAGAUUUUGGGAAAUCUCACCAUGCUCUCAAAAAUGGUUGUGAAAGCGCGAAAACUCAGACGACUCGACACAACCCGUGAUACGAAGUCCGUCGAACUAUACACUCGAAUUAUCUGGUAUGCGAAAGAAGGUUUGAAAAUUCUAGAACAAUACGUUCUACCGCUAGUGGCAGGUUUCGGAGAGUUAAAAGUCCUCGUUUACAAACUGAGAGCGAGUUAUUAUCAUCUCUAUGUUCUCUUCCACAAUACUCCUGCGAUCACUCUCAGAACUCCCAAGAUCUCUACUCCACCUGGUUUGACAUCUCCACGCUACAAAGAAAAAGGAAAAGGGAUCGACAAUACCCCACCGCCAGACCCACAUCUGCCAGACAUCACAGGAAGUUUUCUCAUCCCCGCUCACGAUUACCGUCCCUUCGCAACCCAAUGUUUCGAAGACGCAUCCAUCCUUGCUGAUCGCCAACUAUGGGGUUCUCACCCUCUGCGCCUCUCUGUCAAAGUCGAAUACACAGCAUUUAUAUAUGAUUGUCUGGAUGAAGCGAAUCGGUCGAGAGAACUGGCCCGGAAGACGAUUAGCGAAGUCUAUAAUGCGGACGAGGGAAUGGACGAUGAUAUGUUUGAAGAUGCGGCAGAAUUAGUGAGUAUUCUGGGGAAGAUGAUGAAGAGGGGUUUGAGCACAGGCACGAGCGCGGGAACUAGUACAGUGGGGGCCAGUGGAAGUGAUGAAGGUACUGUGAGGGGAAGGGGAGGGGAAUCGGAGAGAACACCGAGAUUACACGGGGAUACAUUACCGCCGAUGCAUAACCCGAUAUGA